AUGCUAAUGGAAGUCGAUGAACCCCAGUCUCUCCAAUUCAAAGAGAAGCUGUUGCAAGGAUCCAAAGCAGUUAAAGUUUCUGACCUCAUCAAAAGACUUAGUGAUCUUCAAACUGAAUUAAAGGCCCUUCAGCAAGAAACAGUCGAAAAAAACUCUCUUACAUCAGUUGCUAAAGACCUUGUCACUAAUGCUAUCCUGAAGCAUGAAAAUAAGACUGUCAAAGCUAUCACAGCCUGUUGUUUAGCUGACAUCUUGCGAUUGUUUGCACCCGAUGCGCCUUAUUCCAACCUUGAAUUAAAGCGUGUAUUCGAGUUCUUUGUAUCCCAACUCAGUCUUCUCAAGUCGAAUACCGAUCCAAACUUCCACUAUUACUUUUACUUGCUCGAAAGUCUUUCAACUGUGAAGAGUAUUAUUAUCAUUGCUGACCUUGACAAUGCCGAGCAGCUUUCUUCCAGCCUUUUCAAUCAGUUUUUCUCGGCUAUUAGCGCCGAUUUACCCCGUAACGUACAAGUUUGCAUGACAGAUAUCUUGAUCCAGCUUGUUGAAGAAGUUGGUGCUCUUUCCCAAGAAGUUAUCGAACUUAUUCUCGAUCAAUUCACAGCCAAAGAAAAGGGAGCUUCUUAUGCAAUGGCUCUGGAUAUUUGCUUUGCCUGUACGGAUGUAUUGCAACGCCGUGUUUGCCAGCAUUUUACGGAUACAUUGAUGGCAUUUAGCAGAAGUGACGGAUCCGAUGAAGAAUUGGAAGACCUAAAGAUGGUACACAGUUUGAUUCGCCACGUUCACUCUGUAGUUCCCAACCUACUGUUGAAUGUUGUACCUCAAUUAGAUGAGGAAAUGAAGGUUGAUGAUGACCAUGUUCGCCAAAUUGCUACCCAAACCCUCGGAGAAAUGUUUGCUGAAAAGACCUCUGAAUUAUACCAACAAUAUCCUAUUAUUUGGAAGACAUGGCUGGGAAGACGUAAUGAUAAAGUGGUUCAACUUCGUGUAAGAUGGGUCGAAAUGUGUGGCCCUAUCUUAAAAAACCAUAAGCAAUUGGUACCUGAAAUUAAUGAUUGUUUCAAGGCCAAACUUUCUGAUCCUGAAGAAAAGGUUCGCGCAACAGCAUGUCGAGUAAUUGGUAGUCUUGAAUUUGAUCUUGAGCCAACUAGCUUUGACAAAUCUGUACUCGAACAAGUCGCUUUACGUUGUAAAGACAAAAAGCAAUCCGUAAGAAAGGAAGCUAUGUCUGCUCUAGGCGCCAUUUAUAAUCACGAAUUUGACAGCAUCUCUUCCAACAAUGAAGAUCUUAUCGCAAAACUCGGCUGGAUCCCAGAGACCUUAUUGAACUGUUUGUAUGUCGAUGAACUCGCAGUAACGUCAGCUCUUGAAAAUACUAUAUUGCAGUAUAUUCUGCCAGAGGAAACCAAUGAUUUGAAAAGAACCGAAAGAUUGGUAACUGUAGUCGGAUCUCUCAGUCCUCGUUCCAAGACUGCAUUCAAGGCAUUGAUCCAAAAACAAAAAAGUUUCAUCAACGACAUGCAGUACUUUGUUGAUAUGUGCGACGCAGCAAGAGACAAUACAGAAACAGAUACUGCAACCCAAAGAAAGACUGAAGAGCUGAUGAAACAUAUUUCAAAACAAUUUGCUGACAAGUCCAGAACAUUGAACAGCUUGCGCCGUUUUGUAGAAGCCGAAGAUACUGACAUUGUUAAACUUUUGAGAACAUGUAUUAACCCUAGCCAAGAUUACAAGCGUAUUUACAAUGCAAAGAAAUCACUGUUGAAGCGUCUGGAACAAAUGUCUCCUGCAAUGUCGGAAAUCUUUGAGUUGAUUCUUAAUAGAGCUUGCCCAAUUGUACUCAACAAAUCAAACUUGCCCCACCUUCUCAAAAUCUUGAGAGCUACCCGUGGAAGAAAAAAUACAUCUGGUGAAGAACGUCGCGCAAUUGCCCAAGACCUAUUGAAAGACACAACUUCAAACUAUCCCAAUAUGUUUGAAAAAUAUGCUCAUGAACUUGCUACUAACAUUACUAAGGAAGAGAAUGAUGAAGUUGUCAUCGAUAGCUUGGAAUUGCUGGCCGAGGUUUGCAAAGCACAGCCCAGACUAUUUGUAUUUGAUAGAGAGACUGUUGAAGGUCUUAUGGAGUAUACACGCACAGGAGAGGCCAAAGAAGCAGAACAUGCUGCCACAAUUCUUGGAAAUAUGGACAACGGAGAACAUGCAUGCGAGCUGGUAGUUGAGUACUUGUGCCAACAUUUACGUGUAUCCAACAAACACCUCCUUACAUUAUUGUCCAGUUUGAAAGAGUUUGCCCUCUACACACCAAGAUUAUUAUCAGAGCAUAUUGGAAACAUUGUUGGGUUUGUCGAUAGAGACCUUGUUCAAAAGAAGGAUAGCAUGCAAGGAGAUGUAAACCCAGAAUGGGUAGAAUAUAACGAUCUUCCUUACUUGGCUCAACUCAAGAUUGUUGGUGUAUCAACCCUUGUAAACUACCUCCUUGGUGCAGCUGAAUUUACCGAUAAUAACGAGGCAAUCACAGCACAUCUUUUUAAUAUGCUUUGGGAGUUUAUUGACACCACUUGCGAUGAAGCUAUUUCGGAAGGUCUGAGUGCUGCGGAGACAUCCUACUUGAGAUUGGCAGCUGCUCAAUCUAUUAUCAAGCUCACGCACCUGAAGCUUUAUGAAGAAUACCUAACUGUUCCUAAAUUUGAGAAACUUGGACUGACCCUUCAGGACUCGUGCUACUAUGUUCGUUCUGAACUUGCUGAGACUUUGAUGAAAGGUCUUCAAAUAGGAGAAAUCCGUCCUCGCUACUACACAUUGCUAUUCUUGUGCGCUCACGAACCCGAACCAGAAUUAUUAAAGCAGGUCAAAUACUUUAUUCGCAAACGAGCAUCUAAAUCGGAAUCAGGACAACCUUCGCCAUUAGAGAUGUCAUUUGUACGACUGAUACAUCUUCUGGCCCACCACCCCGAUUUCAGUGUGUCUACAGAAGAUUUGCUAGUAUUCUCUCAGUACAUCAAAUUCUACUUAAGUUGUGUUGUGUCCGCAGACAAUGUUUCGUUCCUCUACCAUGUUGCUCAAGAAAUCAAAUCUUCUCAGGAUAUGGUUACGGCUGAAUUGAGCAAGAACUCGUAUGUUCUGAGUGACCUUGCAUGUCUUUUGAUCAAACGCAAAUGCCAUACUGCAUCUUGGCCACUGAAUGCUUAUCCACAAAACAUAAACAUUCAAUCAAAACUAUACAGAAACCUUCCAUCAGGUGCUAUUCAAGCAGAGAUCUUAAAAACAAGCUAUUUACCAAGCGAAUUUAUCAAGUCAAUUGAAGAUGAAUCUGGUAACAAAGGAUCUGACAAGCGUGCUUAUUCACGACCAUGGGCAACAACAGCUACCAAACGUCCCAGAGUCGCGUAAAUACAGAGAAGUUUGUGUCAUGAUGAUUACAAUAUAAAUAAGCCUGUGGUUCAUAUUUGAAGAAAAAAUGAGACUGAGACUGAGAAACUGAGUGUGUGUGAGGGAAAGAGGGUGGGGGAAAUAACAGUAAAAAAAAACUGUAAAUCAAUAAAGAGAAGAACAUGGCUCAC